AUGGAAGCACAAGAAUAUUUCCAGACAAGCUUCUGCCCACAAUUCCCCUCAGACAACAUGACAACCACCAACAACGUCAACGCCUCUUCCGACCACUUCAUCGUCGAGGACUUCUUCGACUUCUCCAACGACAACGACGAGGCUGCCAUUACCGACCCCACCUUUGAUUCUCUUCCCGCCAACUCAACCGAUGAUUCUCCCACCGUAACCCCCGUCGAUAGCACCAGCAAUUCCUCCUCCUGCCACCCCAAUUUUGUGGCCGACAUUGCCGACGGCCAUUUCUCCAGUGACCUCUCCGUCCCGUAUGAUGAUCUUGCGGAGCUGGAAUGGCUUUCAAAAUUUGGGGAGGAAUCAUUUUCGAGCGAGGACUUGCAGAAGCUGCAGCUGAUAUCUGGCAUGAAAGCGCCAAACGACGCCGCAUCGGAGACCCGUGAACCCAACCCGGUAUUCAACCCACAGGUGUCGGUUCCGGCCAAGGCCCGCAGCAAGCGGUCCCGUGGGCCCCCAUGCAAUUGGACCUCUCGCCUUCUUGUCCUCUCCCCAUCGACCACCACGUCGUCUUCUCCCUCCGACCCCGUCGCCACCCCAAAGAAGCCUGCGCCGAGGAGGAGGGACACCGCCGAUGGAGGGGAUGGCCGCAAGUGCCUGCAUUGCGCCACGGAUAAGACCCCCCAGUGGCGGACUGGGCCCAUGGGCCCAAAAACUCUCUGCAAUGCUUGCGGCGUGAGGUAUAAGUCGGGCCGGCUGGUGCCCGAGUACAGGCCCGCGGCGAGCCCAACUUUCGUGCUAACGAAGCAUUCCAACUCGCACCGUAAGGUGAUGGAGCUCCGGCGUCAGAAGGAGACGGUGAGGGCCCAGCAACAACAGUUGCUGCAGCUGCAACAUCAUCAGAAUAUGAUGUUUGAUGUUCCAUCCAACGGUGAUGAUUACUUGAUCCAUCAGCACGUAGGCCCCGAUUUCUCGCAUUUGAUCUAG